GACGACUUCGUUCAAUGUAGCCAGCUCUGGGUGUCCGGCCGCCGUGGCCAUGUUUGUGUCCGAUUUCCGCAAGGAGUUCUACGAGGUGGUUCAAAACCAGAGGGUGCUUCUCUUUGUGGCCUCGGACGUGGACGCUCUGUGCGCUUGCAAGAUUCUUCAGGCUCUGUUCCAGUGUGAUCACGUGCAGUAUACGCUGGUUCCGGUUUCUGGGUGGCAAGAACUUGAAACUGCAUUUCUUGAGCAUAAAGAACAGUUCCAUUAUUUUAUUCUCAUAAACUGUGGAGCUAAUGUAGACCUAUUGGAUAUCCUUCAGCCUGAUGAAGAUGCCAUAUUUUUUGUGUGUGACACCCACAGGCCAGUUAAUGUCGUGAAUGUCUAUAAUGACACCCAGAUCAAACUACUCAUUAAACAAGAUGAUGAUCUUGAAGUUCCUGCCUAUGAUGAUAUCUUCAGGGAUGAAGAAGAAGGUGAAGAGCAUUCAGGAAAUGAAAGUGACAAUGGGUCAGAGCCUUCUGUGAAGCGCACACGGUUAGAAGAGGAGAUAGUGGCACAAACCAUGAAGAAGAGGCAGCGAAGAGAGUGGGAGGCCCGGAGAAGAGACAUCCUCUUUGACUAUGAACAGUAUGAAUAUCACGGGACGUCGUCAGCCAUGGUGAUGUUUGACCUGGCGUGGAUGAUGUCAAAAGACUUGAACGACAUGCUGUGGUGGGCCAUCGUUGGACUAACGGACCAGUGGGUGCAAGACAAGAUCACCCAGAUGAAGUACGUAACGGACGUUGGCAUCCUGCAGCGCCAUGUGUCUCGGCACAACCACCGGAAUGAGGAUGAGGAGAACUCCCUCUCUGUGGACUGUACACGGAUCUCCUUCGAGUAUGACCUCCGCCUGGCACUCUACCAGCACUGGUCCCUCCAUGACAGCCUAUGCAACACAUGCUACACUGCAGCCAGGUUCAAGCUCUGGUCUGUGCAUGGGCAGAAGCGUCUCCAGGAGUUCCUUGCAGACGUGGGCCUCCCCUUGAAACAGGUGAAGCAGAAGUUCCAGUCCAUGGAUGUCUCCUUGAAGGAGAAUUUGCGGGAGAUGAUCGAAGAGUCUGCAAAUAAAUUUGGGAUGAAGGACAUGCGCGUGCAGACUUUCAGCAUUCACUUCGGGUUCAAGCAUAAGUUCCUGGCCAGUGACGUGGUCUUUGCCACCAUGUCACUGAUGGAGAGUCCCGAGAAGGACGGCUCAGGGACAGAUAACUUCAUCCAGGCUUUGGACAGUCUCUCCAGGAGUAACCUGGACAAACUCUACCAUGGCCUGGAACUUGCCAAGAAGCAGCUGCGAGCCACGCAGCAGACCAUCGCCAGCUGCCUCUGCACCAACCUUGUCAUCUCCCAGGGGCCCUUCCUCUACUGCUCCCUCAUGGAGGGCACUCCGGACAUUGUGCUAUUUUCCAAGCCAGCAUCCCUGAGCCUGCUCAGCAGACACCUGCUGAAGUCCUUUGUGUGUUCGACAAAGAACCGGCGCUGCAAGCUGCUGCCUUUGGUGAUGGCCGCACCCCUGAGUGUGGAGCAGGGCACUGUGACUGUGGUGGGCAUCCCCCCAGAGACCGACAGCUCAGACAGAAAGAACUUUUUUGGGCGGGCGUUUGAGAAGGCAGCAGAGGGCACCAAUUCUCGGACACUGCACAACCAUUUUGACCUCUCAGUAAUUGAACUGAAAGCAGAGGAUCGGAGCAAGUUUCUGGAUGCACUUGUUUCUCUCCUGUCCUGAUGGAGAAAACAAAGCUAUUGGCAGCCACUCAUCGAUAACUAUAAAAUGUCAUCUCUGUGGGCCUGCACCAGCAUGAGGCUGUCACUGGCAGUCCACAGUGAUGCUCACCAGCCGGGGCUCUUUCCAGUGCCACUCAUGCCAUCUCUCUUGAAGGGCCCCCCCGCACAGUGGAUGCUCAUACCCAGCCCUGCAUCUCCUUGAGCCCUGGGCUGGAGCCACUGCUGUGGUAGACAGGCCUUGUCAAGACUCUGAGGUAGGGGUGCCCUUGUUCUGGCCCAGGGUCUUCCCGCUCCCCCACCAUCCAUAGUGAGUUGGAAACUGUGGAGGGCAGGUGCCUUUCCCCUGUCAGGGCCCCAGUGGGCUCUGCUGAGAAUGAUAUAGGGGGUCUCAGGGACCCCAGAGUCCCUCUUUCAGAGUAGGCUAGGGCAUAAAGGGGUUCGUGUUGGGGAGGAACUUUGGACUCAGACCCUUCGGGUCUUCAGCAAGGUCUGUUGGGUACCUCACCAGGCUAUGGCGGGUUCCUCAUCUGAAGUGGGGCUAACACCCCUUGGACAGUGAGCACUGAGCCUUCAGAUGGGGGCAAGGUGUAAGUUUAUGACCCAAAUCAAAGGCUACAAGUGGGGGCUUUUGGGCGGGGGGCUGGUAUUUCAAGCAUACUCCUCCCCUGCGGCCUGCUCAGUGAUGCCACUGCUGCUGUGUGCCCUGCCACCAUGACAGCGUGCACAGUGAGCCAGCCAGGAAGGUGGGUGGGGGGACAGUACGGGGAGACGUUCCAGGCCAGGGGAGAAACCUUGUGAAGGUACCACGGGGCUGAGACUGGACAGGGCACUGGCAGGGUCUGCAGGGCGAUAUAGUGGUGGAGGGCCAUGAGGCCUUGGAGGUCCUCAAGCAAAUGACAGCCUGGACCUGGCCAGUGGGCACUUCAGUUCUGGGGCGGCCCUCCACCCAUGGUCACCACUCCUCACCUGUGUGAGUGGUGGAGGCUACUCAGAAGCAAGCCCAGCAUGUCAGAGGCAAGGCCUGAGCAGUUUGCUUAAUUUGGAAAGACGUUAGAAUUGUUUGAAAUUUACUUUUUUUUUUUUCUUUUCUAGAGUUUGAUUUCUUCUGAUGCGUCCUCCUUCUCCUAAUUUAUAUUAACUGGGUUUUAUUUAGACUAUAAGUUAUGGACAUGGUUUUAGACACCCACAGUGGGUUUUUAAUGGAAUAAAAUGUUUGUUUUA